CGCUCAUGGACGACGAGCAUGUGCAUGGAGAGCACGAAACGGCCGAUGGAAGGCUCAGUCCUGCUCCAUCACUCUAUUCAUUCCACCCGUCGGUUGACGAACGAUUCAUCAUACGGCAAUUACACGGCAGAUUGCUCAACAGCCAAAAUGAAACAUACAUGCUGCCGGCGGACCAAGAAGAGCACGAGCGCCUCGACAUACAACACGAGAUGUAUAAGCACGCCUUAGGCGGGUUGUUUCCUGCCCGAGAGCUAGUGGAGCGGGCUCUUCAGCCACGAGCAGACGGCUCACGGCCAGCUAUAUGUGACAUCGGCACAGGCAGCGGCAGCUGGGCUCUGGACAUGGCCAAUGAGUACCCUCAUUGCGAUGUAACAGGGGUAGAUCUGGUGCUUCCGAAAACACAAAGGGAAAUGCCUCCUAAUUGCCGGUUCGAAAUUGACGACGCGAAUCUCGGAUUUCCCCACUUCGAGAACAGUUUCAACCUCGUGCAUAUCCGCGCAGUCUCGGCUGGUAUCAGGGACUGGGAGGGCUUAUUAGACGAGAUGGUAAGAGCUCUCCGCCCUGGCGGAGUUCUCGUAUUGGCCGAUGGAGACCUGCGUCUUUAUGACGAGCACUACCAUCAAAUGCCCGCUCUCGAACCAGGACAGCCAGGGUUCUCUUGGACUCAACGAAUAUUUUUUACGGCCUGGAACGCUAUGAAGGCGCGCGGAGGCAACCUGGACGUGUGCGACUUGAACCCUCAGUACUUGGACGCCAUCUCGGGUCUCACCGAUCGAGGGUGGACCAAGGUUUGGAUACCUAUCGGGCCAUGGCCGAAAGGGCUCACCCCUGAGCAAAAGAUGUUAAGCGAGCUAUUGCUCAAGAACACCACGAGACAUAUCAUGGGCAUGACUCCAUUACUCGUAGACUUCGGGUACACACCCGACCUAUUGGCGCAGAUUCAGCAGCUCGCGGUAGCAGAGCUGAGGGAAGGGCGCGCCCGUCUGUAUACGCGUUGGCACUUUGCGUGGGCGGUGAAAGGUGUCGUUUGAUUUAAGUUCGGACCUUUGUAUCCAUGAGUAUCCAUUGUAUCCAUAUCAUCAAUCAUGUAGUAGGCAGCCCUCGUCGAUUCUGGUUAUAAUACACGUUCCC